GGUUUGGGACGUGACGCUCGCUUUGCUGCCGCCGCGGUUCUGCUUCAAACUCCGCGUAAACAAGUGCGGCAACUUCGGUAGCUCGCGAUUAUUCGAUUAAUCGGGGCGAUAGAAGCCUCGUAAACGACAGGUGUCCGGCGCUUCCUCUUCGAUGGCGGCUCUGGCGGCGUGGAUCGCGGCGCUGUCUCUGCUGCAGGUGACCUCCUGCUCCGUCAGACACAGACACGCUCCAGGAGACCCGGUUGUGGUGGACAAACACACCGCCGCGUCCUUCCUGUCCCGAUCGCUGCUCUACAACCACUUCGACUUUGAGCUGGUGACGCCUGGGAACCUGGAGAGAGAGUGUUAUGAAGAGAAGUGCAACUACGAGGAGGCCAGAGAGGUGUUCGAGGACGACGCCAAGACUCAAGCGUUUUGGAAACAAUAUGUGAACAAUCAAGCGGGAACACCCAGAUUGGACGUGUCGGGGCUGGUGGCCGGGGUCGUGGCUGGCGUGGUGUCUGUCAUUAUCAUCAUUGUGGUGGGAAUCUACUGCUACAAAUCCAGGAGGAAGAGUGGAGCGCGGUCGGCCCAAGCUCCAGUGAGGAUGGCCAUGGAUGGGGGCCCACCCCCAGAGACUGUGCCCUUAGCUGGGAUCAACAUCCCUGGUCUGCCCAGUUACAAUGAUGCUCUGAACCACAGUGGGCAACACGACGCCCCACCACCACCAUAUUCAGGGGAGGCGCCAGAGUCAACACCGACACCGACACCACAGCCGUCAGCGCCACCAGCAGCCGCUGGUCCAGCAGACGGCCAGUGACAGAGCUCCCACGGUUGAUGGGCACCGGCGGCGUGCGAGAACUUUUAAAAACCGAUUUGAUGAUGAUCUGAUGAGAGGGUGCUUUCGUCACAAUCCCGUACCGUAAAUUGUGGAUGUUACCGUAGGAUGUGCGUGUAGGCUGGACAGUGUGUCCAGUACAGGUGUGAUUAUUUAAAAGGGGGGGGGGGGGU